AUGGCGGACGUUGUGCCUGGGGAGAGUCUGAUGCCGGGGUACUUACCGGGGAUGCCCGUGGAUUUGGCGACGGAAUUUGGGAUGAUUUGGGACUUAAUAAAGGCGCCAUUGAUAGUGCCAUUGCUGCAAUUAGCAGUUUAUAUCUGCUUAGCAAUGACUGUUAUGCUUUUCGUUGAAAGACUUUAUAUGGGUGUUGUUAUAAUCCUUGUAAAACUCUUCUGGAAGAAGCCUGAACAACGAUACAAAUGGGAACCGAUUCGUGAAGAUGUGGAAAAUGGGAGUCAAGCUUAUCCCAUGGUUCUUAUUCAAAUCCCAAUGUUCAAUGAAAGAGAGGUAUACAAGAUCUCGAUUGGUGCAGCAUGUAGUCUUUCAUGGCCAGCCGAUCGACUCGUGAUUCAAGUUCUCGAUGAUUCCACUGACCGCACCAUUAAGGAUAUGAUUGAGAAAGAAUGCAAACGUUGGGCAAGCAAAGGAGUUAAUAUAUGGUACCAAAUUAGGGGAAGUCGGGGAGGUUACAAAGCUGGUGCACUUAAAGAAGGAUUGACUCAUGAUUAUGUUAAAGACUGUAAAUACGUCGCCAUCUUUGACGCCGAUUUCCGGCCCGAACCGGAUUUCCUCCAGCGAGCCAUUCCUUUUCUUGAGUUCAACCCGCAACUCGCCCUUGUUCAAAGCCGGUGGCGGUUUGUGAAUGCCGAUGAAUGUUUAUUGACAAGAAUGCAAGAAAUGUCACUGGAUUACCAUUUUACAGUGGAGCAAGAAGUGGGAUCAGCCACUCAUGCAUUUUUUGGCUUCAACGGAACGGGCGGUGUGUGGAGGAUCGCUGCCAUCAACGAGGCCGGUGGAUGGAAGGAUCGGACAACCGUCGAAGACAUGGAUCUGGCGGUCCGAGCCAGUCUCAAGGGAUGGAAAUUCCUCUAUCUCGGUGACCUUCAGGUGAAAAGCGAACUUCCUAGCACAUUCAAAGCGUUCCGCUUCCAACAACAUAGGUGGUCUUGUGGUCCAGCCAAUUUGUUCAGGAAAAUGGUGCCCGAGAUCAUUAAAACUAAGCAAGUGACAUUAUGGAAGAAGGUGUACGUGAUCUAUAGCUUUUUCUUCGUACGAAAGAUCAUCGCGCACAUGGUGACGUUUUUCUUCUUUUGCGUGGUUCUCCCGACCAGCAUCUUGGUCCCGGAAGUCCAUAUCCCGACCUGGGGAUCCAUCUACAUUCCUUGCAUCAUCACCACAUUGAAUGCAGUCGGUACACCAAGAUCGAUCCAUUUAUUGUUCUACUGGAUUCUUUUCGAGAACGUGAUGUCGUUGCACCGAACCAAGGCAACAUUCAUCGGUCUACUUGACGCCAAGAGAUCUAACGAAUGGGUUGUGACCGAGAAACUCGGAGAUACUCUCAAAAACAAAAAAUCAACUCCCAAAGCCGCACCAUCACUCCGAAAGACCAAAACUUAUAACUAUCGAGACAGGAUUCACGUUACGGAAUUGGGGUUCGCGGCGUUCUUGUUCUUCAUCGGAUGCUACGAUUUUAUGUACGGAAAUCACCAGUAUUUCGUAUACAUAUUCCUUCAAACGAUCACAUUCUUGAUCGUGGGAUUUGGUUAUGUUGGCAUCACCGUCGUCCCAAGAUGA